UUUAUGAAAUGGGCGUGGCAUGAAGUAGGCGUGGCAUGAAGUUUCACCACACCGAAGAUUUUUUUGUCCCUCUUUGGAAUUUUCAAAUGUUGGGAGUAACAAACAUGGAGGAAUGCGGCUUAGUUGUCUGACAGCCAAUAAACGAAGUCGGCUGAUAGGUCCUAUGUCCGGAAACGUCCGAAGUGGAACAAAAACACAGGAGAAGAGGCUACCGGGAGCUAUUUGUUCCGCCGCAAUAGAAUAUGAAUUUUCUCAAUGACGCUGCUGCCUAGUGUCCCGCAAUGAUUCCGAUAUCGCUGGUUGUGGUGGUUCUCGGCGGAUGGUGCGCAAUUUACUUGGCUGACACCUUUCUUACGUCAUCUCAGUCACUGAAGAACUCCUAUGAAGAAUGGCUAACAGCUCGAGGGCUCAGUAUUUCACCAUUUCAUAUACGCUGGCAAACCACCCUUUUUAAUCGCCUCUUUUAUAAGUGGGGCCGUUGGAAGCCUAAUUUCCUGUAUAUAUGGUUUACGUUGGGUGUGGCGUUUGGAAUCAUUGCAAUGUUUGGUUCCAUUUUUCUUCUUGGGAAAACACUUGUGCAGACUCUGAAUCAGAUGAUGGCAGAGAGUCCAGCCUCUCAGAAUGACCGCAUGCUGCAAGUUGUGGUGCCUGGUGUAAAUCUGCCCAUCAGCCAGCUGUCAUAUUUCUUCUCUGCGAUCCUCAUCAGUGGAGUCCUACAUGAAGUGGGGCAUGGAGUGGCAGCUGUAAGAGAAUCCGUGCGUUUUAAUGGCUUUGGCAUGUUUAUCUUCAUUGUGUAUCCUGGAGCAUUUGUUGACCUUUUCACGACUCACCUCCAACUGGUUUCUCCUGUGCAACAGUUGCGGAUAUUUUGUGCAGGAGUCUGGCACAACUUCGUUCUUGGCAUUUUAGGCAUCUUAAUUCUAGUUCCACUCCCUGCUCUUUUGUUUCCAUUCUACUACACUGGAGUUGGGGCUCUUGUCACUGAAGUUGUAGAGGACUCUCCUGCAAGUGGGCCAAGAGGGCUUUUUGUUCAGGACCUGAUCACCCAUGUGCAAGACUGCCAGGUGACUGGUGUGGAUGACUGGCAUACAUGUCUUACAGAGAUCUCACAGAUGCCACAGAUUGGUUAUUGUAUAAACACAGCCACUCUCCAACAACUUCAGUUUCCUAGCAGAGUGUACAGGCGACUGGAUGGUUCCAUUGAAUGCUGCAAUAACAAUAGCCUUUCUGACAUAUGUUUCUCAUAUAACAGUAACAGCAAUCAACAGCAGUUUGCUUGCCUACCAGCAAGAAAGUCUAUACACAACAGUCAAGAAUGUCGAUCAAAUAUAGAUUGUCAGAAGACUGAUGCUGCCAGUGUCUGUGCUGUACCUUCCAUUGAGAACCAAACUCGCUUGAUCCGAGUGAAACAUUCCCCUCAAUUAGAUAUGUUGUUCAUUGGAUACCCCGUACAUCUACAGUAUGCAGUGAGCCUGAGCAGCUUUGUCCCACGAUACAACUUUCUCAGCAUAAGUCUUCCUGUGGUUAUAGAGACUUUCUGCAAAUAUCUCAUCUCUCUGUCUGGUGCCCUGGCUGUGAUCAACGCUGUCCCUUGUUUUGCACUUGAUGGGCAAUGGAUUUUAAACUCUUUCAUCGAAGCCACACUAAGUUCUGUAAUAGCUGAAAAACAAAACCGGGAGCUUUUGGCCUUUUUUAUCCUCUUAGCAGGCAGUGCACUUUUAACUGCUAAUGUAGUACUUGGACUCUGGAUGGUUACAGCCCGGUAGUUUUUUUUUUUUUUUUACCUAUUAUCAGUCCUCAAACAGCAGAAAACUUGAUUAGUCAAUAAUUAGUUUGUACUCACUGUAUGCACCAGUUACAGUGUAAAUCAACAGUGGCCGCAGUAAAAAAAAAAAGCAGUAUAUGUCUAACAAUGAGACUUCUAUAACUGGAAUUCUAUUGCACUUUUUUCCUUCUGUUGGAAACAGUAAAUGGGGGGGUUUAUAAUGUAGUGAAGACAAAUACAGUAAAAAGAACAGAAAGCAAAUUAUAUCAUGUGCUUCCACUUUCUUCCACCAUUCUCUGACUGCAAAGUUAUUUUUUAUACUAUUUUAUAUGGAUCUUCCUAAAUUCUAACUUAAUCUGUCAGAUACAUUAUCUUCUCCAAUAAAGGCACAAGUCCUGCUGUGGAAGCCGA